CAUUGGGAGCAAAUGCUGGGACACUUCCAGCUAUAAUUUCCUGGAACACUUAUAACUACUUUUCUCAUUACAGAUUUUCCCAGUUUUUGGAAAAGAUUCAGUCAAACCUUUCCUCAGAGUUCAGCUGUGUCCAUCCAUCCUCCAGGCAUGCCAGAGGACGUUGUUCCAGGGUCCCAGCAGGGGGAACCAGUUAGUGCAGCCCCCUGCCCCAGCACCACCCCCGGGGAGGCUGUAGAUUUAGAGUGUCCCAUUUGCUACCAGGAGUACAACCAGUAUAACAAAAGCCCCCGGAUGUUGGAGUGCCUCCAUGUCUUCUGCACAGAGUGCCUGCAGAGGAUCCAGCUCAACCCCUGUGACCCCGCUGACCCCCGCGGCGGCCCACAAGCCAUUCCCUGUCCCCUCUGCCGCCAUUUAACCCCUUUGCGCACUGGGAACGCCCUCGCUUUACCCUGCAACUCCCAAAUCAUGUGCAGGCUGCCCCGCGUGACGGCCUUCCGGAUGCCGGCGACAGUUUCCACACGCGUGGCGACCGUCACCCAGAGAGUGGUGCUCUCUCUGGAGGGCGCCAGCAGCGAAGGCGGCAGGGACAGCCGCUUCAUCGUCCUGCCCACCGUCAGCCUGCAGGUGCAGCAGAUGCACCCGGACAGGCCGUACGGCGCGGCCGCGGACCUGGUGGGCGAGGAGGGGGUCAUACAGCAGAGCCGGAGGACCCUGCUGUGCGUGCAGCUGCUGGCCGUCAUAUUCUGGGUGCUCUUUGUGAUCACCUGCGUGGUCGGCGUGGUGUUUGGACCGCACUUGUUCAACAGGAAAUUCUAAUUGGUGGGUGGGUGGGGUCACUUUGGCAACAGAUGCUCCUGACAUAAAGACAAUAUGUGAGUGAUUUCUGUUUAGACUGAUGACGAUUUACUUAAAUACCUCAUUGUGGAUGGUUGGUGCUAUCGCUCCUUUUUUUUUUCUUCUUACAUGGAUGAAGAGCUCCCUCUAGUGUCACAUGACUGUGAUAAGCUCUACACAUCUGUCCUUUGGCAUAGUUGGCCGCUUUAUUAGAUGCACUUCGCAAGAAUUAUUCCUCGGAGAGUUUUGGUCUAAAUUGACUUUAUAUCAUGACAGCUGCUGCAGAUGCGUCUGAUGUUCAUCCCAAAAGUGCUUUACUGAUGAGAACACAGUAGCCAUCAGAAGAUGGGUACACUGUGUCCAUCCAGAGAUGACUAGGGCAAUUAAAAGAAGUUCAUAAGAGGCUUUUUGAGGUUCUGUUGUCCUUCUAUCAUCUGGAACUACUCUGCUCUUUCUCUUCUGACAUCAAGGCCUUUUUGUCCAUACAACCGCCUCUCAGUGGAUAUUUUUCUUCUUUCAAACUAUUCUCUGUUGUGCAUCAAAACCCUAAUAGCAAGCACCAAAAAAAUUACGUUCAGUCACUUUAAACCUCUUUGUUCCACGUUCUGAACUUCAGCAAAUCUUCUACACUAGGUCUAGAUGCCUUUAUGAUUAACUGAUUUGCAGUCUUAGUGAAGAAUCAAUUAGAGAUGUGUACCUAAUGAAGUGGCCAGUAAGUGAAACUUCCUAUUUAGCAACAUGUGAUGCUUGACAAUAUUAUAACACAGGAUAUAUUUGUACCAGAACUGCUCUGCCAAGGAUUCCUGCCUCACCUACACAAAAUGUUGCAAAGUUUCCUAAAGGAAUAUGUUUUUUAACAAAAGAUGUUCAUUUAUGCUAUUAUUGUAAUUGUCAUAAUCAUCAUCAUUAUUAUGAUUAUUAUUAGUACUACUACAAUGUUUAUCUGGUCUGGGACCCAUUUAAAAGUGUCUGAGGUGAACAAUAUGAAUAUGAACAGCAGUUUCUGACAAGCAGUACUGAUUCUGUAAUGUAAUUGUUGGAUAAUCCUCCUGUGUUUACUUUUCCUUUUUCUGUAUAGUGCGUGUGUAUUUUGUGCUUUGAGUGUUUUUCAUUUGUUUAAGAGAAACACAUUUAAUUAAUUAUAAUUAUUUCUCAAAUUAAACUGGUUAAACAGCACUGAUGAAAUUAAAAAGCUUAAUUUGAAAGUAUUUUAACUCAUAUUAACUAUAAGCUGCUCCUGAAUCUUUACUUGUUCCUCUUUCUGUGCGAGCCGUUAGUUUGCAGCACAGCUAGCGGUUAUAGGAAGUUAGUAAAUUCAACACAAGGCAGAUGAUUGAUUGAAAAUACACUUUUAUCUGGUGCUAUAAGGAGGAUAUUGCAUUAAUAUUGCGUAUUGCCUUAAACAGUAAUUUUGUAAGCGAUUAUCAAGAUUUUGUUGCUAAUUUAUGUGAAUGAGCUAAAAGAUUUUUUUAGUGAGUUUAAGUUUUGUAAAAACACCAUCAUCUCAUGUCUGUAACAGAACUAUCAGUAGCCAUACACCUGGGUAUAACCAAAGUAUC